CAUACCUGUUUCUCUCUCCUCAUAAUCUCUCUCUCUCUCUCCUCAUACGUCUUUAAAUUCUAUUAACCUUCCAUCUUCACAGGCAUCAUUCCCCAUUCUCUCUCCCCCCUCAAUAGGGAAAUUUCUGUAGAUUCUUACCACUCUGUCCAAAACUCUUCUUUGCACAAGAACAUCAAUAUUUUUCAGUCCAAAAUCUCAAACCCCAACUGAGUAAGCCUUCCAUUGAAGCUCUAUCCCAUUUGUUUUCAUACUUUUUGUUUGGUUUGCCUUCUGGGUUAUCAUUAUUUAUUUCUCAAAAUUUCGUAUUAAGUCGAAGAAGCUGAAAUUUUAGGCUAUUGAGGUGUUUGGAUUAGUGGGGUUUUUUUUUUCUAGUUUGUUGAUUAACAAUGGCGGAUAAGGAAAAAGAGAACUCCGAAACCGGAUCGGUAUCGGUUGAAGCUCAAUCUGAAAGAGGGAAGAACAACCUCCCUAACUUUCUCCUCUCUGUUAGACUCAAAUAUGUGAAGCUUGGCUAUCAUUACUUAGUUACGCAUGCCAUGUAUUUAUUGUUAGUCCCCCUUCUUGGUGCUGUUUCUGUUCAUCUGUCAACUUUUACGUUCGAAGAUUUAAUCCAACUGUGGAACCAGCUCAAAUUCAAUUUUGUCACAGUGAUUCUAUGCUCUUCUCUAAUGGUUUUCCUAGCUACCCUUUACUUUAUGAGCCGUCCUAGAAAGGUUUAUCUAGUGAAUUUCUCAUGUUUCAAGCCUGAACCAGAGAGAAUGUGCACUAGAGAACUUUUUAUGGAGAGAUCUAAACAAGCAGGGACAUUCAGUGAAGAAAAUUUGGCAUUUCAGAAGAGAAUCUUGGAGAGAUCAGGGUUGGGACAGAAGACAUAUUUCCCAGAAGCUAUUUUGCAGGUACCCCCGAACGUGUGUAUGGCGGAGGCGAGGAAGGAGGCGGAGAUGGUGAUGUUUGGAGCUAUCGACCAGCUCUUGGCGAAAACCGGUGUCAAGGCUAAGGACAUUGGGAUUCUUAUUGUGAAUUGCAGCUUGUUCAAUCCAACACCAUCUCUUUCUGCCAUGGUUGUGAACCAUUACAAGCUUAGAGGGAACAUCUUGAGCUUCAAUCUUGGUGGUAUGGGUUGCAGUGCAGGAUUAAUAUCAAUAGAUCUAGCCAAGCAACUUUUGCAGGUGCACCCCAACUCUUAUGCUCUUGUGGUAAGUAUGGAAAAUAUAACCCUGAAUUGGUACUUUGGCAACAACCGGUCGAUGCUCGUCUCAAACUGUCUCUUCCGCAUGGGUGGGGCUGCAAUCCUUCUGUCUAACCGAUCAUCUGAUCGUCGUCAUUCCAAGUAUCAACUCAUCCACACUGUACGUACGCACAAGGGUGCAGACGACAAGUGUUACAGUUGUGUGUUCCAAGAAGAGGAUGAAACCAAGAGAAUUGGUGUCGCACUUUCAAAAGACCUGAUGGCUGUCGCAGGAGAGGCCUUGAAAACAAAUAUCACAACACUCGGGCCAUUGGUUCUUCCUAUGUCCGAGCAGAUCCUAUUUUUUGCUACUUUAGUGGCAAGAAAGAUAUUUAAAAUGAAGAUCAAACCAUAUAUUCCAGAUUUCAAGUUGGCUUUCGAGCAUUUCUGCAUUCAUGCCGGAGGAAGAGCAGUGUUGGAUGAGUUGGAGAAGAACCUUGAACUAAGCGAUUGGCAAAUGGAACCUUCUAGAAUGACUCUGAAUAGGUUUGGCAAUACUUCUAGUAGUUCAUUGUGGUAUGAACUGGCCUAUUCCGAGGCUAAGGGUAGGAUGAAGAAGGGUGACCGCACAUGGCAGAUUGCGUUUGGGUCUGGUUUCAAAUGUAAUAGUGCUGUUUGGCGCGCGUUGAGGACCAUUAAUCCGGCUAAGGAGAAGAAUCCAUGGAUGGAUGAAAUUGAUGAAUUUCCUGUUCAUGUGCCUAAACUGACACCUAUUAGCACUUGAACAUGUUCUUUUUCUUUAUGAAAAACUAUGUUAUUACUGUAAAACGCGAUUGUUCCUCCAGCCCUAUCCUCAAUUGUAUUGAAAGAAAUUUGUUUGAUUGAAUGUAUCAUGGAGGAAUUUGAUUAACUUGGCAAACAGAGAGGAAAAGAAACUUCCCACUUUAGGGGUAGUCUUCCUUGCAGAUGGUGAUCUUCAGUUCUAUCUUUUUGGGUAUUGGCCAUACCAAUGAACAAUUUGAUACCAUGGAGACUGUUGUUCCAUCAUUAUUCUCUAUCUAGAGUCACGC